GAUUACAUGUCUGGCUUGCAUGGUUUCCAAGAUAACUGCACGUUAAGCUAUCGUCACGUCCAGAGCUGACAAUACGUGUGCCGGCUGCAUCCCUGUCGACGUUAUCGGUCAUUAGUGACUCAUUGUGUGUGCAGAACUCCCGUCUGCCCGGCUUCUCAAUCUGACUUCGAGUGCUAUGCAUGAGAACAAGACUAUUCUUGGUCACUGCUUUUCUUGCGGCAGACGGCUUUCGACGUCUGUUGAGCAUGAAGAAGUCGACCGGUGUGUUCACAACGACACACUUACCUGCUGUUCGAGUGCGACCGCCGUCAGUCCACUCUCUUGUGGGGAUCACAUCAUUGCCUGCAGCUGUUGCGAAAUCCUGGCUCGAUCGAUUGUUGGCGCCAUCGCGAAGUCAGAGCUCGAACUGGCCGUAGUGGCAUGCUUUAGGAACUGUCGGAUGUGGCAGGCCAGAACGCAUGAAAGUAAGUCAGCGCUUUCUCACACGAUCAUAGGCGACAAACUCAUGGGACUCGAUAUUCCAUAUUGCAUGACGCAGAGUGGGUUGAGCGGGCAGGUUGGAAAAGGGGGCGUAGUUUGAGGGAGACAGUGACAGAUGGGGCCCGGGCGCUUGUGUCAAUUCCCCCCCUUUGGCCGCUUUGUGUUCUUUGCUUACGGAACCCGGCC